AUGGACUCAGAAGGGGAUGGACCUCCAACGUGGAGGCGUGAGGAAGCCCAUGAGCCAGAGUCGUUCCAACUAACGAGCCAACGUCGUCAAGCCACAGUGUUUGAUGCUGUUGCAGGAAAAUUGACCAACAGGCAUGGCCGCCUGGAAGGUGAUGCUCCGGCCACCCAAACACUCUACUCUACCAAGGAGGUGCCCUUCGGCCCAGACGAGGUCCUCUUCCGGCGGAAAGAGGCACCCCAGCGUUACGAGGAGUAUGACAUCUACAAGUCUCAUGUGAGGGACCUCCCGCGAGCUGGCCAGGGUGUCCUGCCCGAGAGCGACCUGCUCAAGGCCAUCCACUCGUAUACCAGCCGCUGCUAUGGGAGUUUACAUCGCCAGGCAUCAGAAGAGGAUACCCUGGACGUCAACGAGCGCAGCAUGGACGAGACGGCCCUCCUUGCGUUUGGAAUAUUGCUCGAGGAGGCGAGCCGAGAGGUACUUGGUCGUCACGGAGACCUCGUAUUCACCGAGGGCCUCGAUGGAGGCGAAGAAGGUGCUGCUCCCAGUGACGCGGUAACUGGGCGAUUCGUAGUACCCUCAGGAGCCGGAGACCAAGAAUCAGGGGCGGGGGCUCCAUCUCGCAAGAGGCGAAGGGUGGCAAAAAGCGAAGAAGAUUCUCAUGACAUGUGA